AUGCUAUCUAUCUUGGUCGCGCUGUCCGCAGUAUACAUCGUCUACACCGGCGCCGUCAGCAUCUACAAUCUGUUCUUCCACCCCCUGCACUCCAUCCCCGGUCCAAAACGAUGGAUCGCCUUCCCUAUAUUCCGCUAUAUCUCGCAAAUCCGCGGGAAGCUUGACAUCGACGUCUUCGCCUUGCACGAACAAUACGGUGAAGCGGUGCGUCUGGGGCCAAACGUCGUCUCGUUCGCCACGGCCCAAGCGUGGAAAGACAUCUACGGCCAUGGCUCGCCCCAACUCCCCAAAGUGCUAACCUCGUCGAGCAACCGGCUCAACAUCAUCGGAGCCAACAUCAUUGACCACACGCGGCACCGCAAAGCCUUAUCGCCCGCCUUCUCCGCCAAGGCCCUUCAAGCGCAGGAGCCCAUCCUGCAGAUGUACGUCGACAAGCUCAUCCUGCGACUGAAGAUGGUCGCCGAGUCGCGCUUGCCCGCCGAUCUGGUCAAGUGGUACAAUCUGACGACGUUCGACCUGAUUGGGGACCUGGCGUUCGGGGAAUCCUUUGGCGGUCUGGACUCCUCCGAGUACCACCACUGGGUGUCGAAUAUCUUUCAGUCGAUCCGCCUAAUACCCUUGAUAAAGCUCAAGGACGCUUAUCCGCUCAUUUUCAAACUCCUGGCUCUGAUGAUCCCCCGGAGCAAACUGGAAGUGCGAUCGCGACAGGAAGAACAUAGUCGCCUCACCGUGCAGAAGCGCCUCCGUCGCGGGGAGAGCCGGGGACAGGCAGAUUUCAUGGAUUCGAUGCUCCGUCACAAGAACGACAAGGAUGGGCUGAGCGAGGCUGAACUGGUGGCUAAUGCGAACGUUCUCAUCAUCGCCGGGAGCGAAACGACCGCAACGUUGCUGUCGGGCCUCACGUACUGGCUACUACGAACGCCAGAAGUGUUAGACAAGGUGACCAAGGAAGUCCGCUCGACGAUGGUCAGAGAGGAAGACAUCACGUUCCACAGCGCCAGCGCUCAGCUUCCGUACCUGCUGGCUUGUCUCAACGAGGCCCUCCGGAUGUAUCCCCCUGUGCCGACAGGGCUGGAGCGGAUGACUCCGCCCGGAGGGCCGAUCACCAUCGCGGGAUAUCAGAUCCCUCCUCAGACCGCCGUGUCCGUCCACCAGCUAGCCUCCUAUCACUCCGACCGACACUUCCACGACGCACAUCGCUUUAUCCCCGAGCGGUGGCUACCCGAAGCCAAAAACGACCCGUCCUCACCGUUCUACAAUGAUCAUCGUGAUAUCCUGCAGCCGUUCUUAGUGGGUCCUCGCAACUGCCUGGGGAAGAACCUCGCGUACAGCGAAAUGAGGAUUAUUAUGGCGCGCAUGUUGUGGAAUUUUGACCUUCAACUCUGCGAGGAGAGCGCGACGUGGAACGAGCAGCGAUCGUACCUUUUAUGGGAGAAGCCGCCGUUGAUGUGCCAGCUGCGUGAGCGAGCUCGCUGAUGGGGGUAUCACAGUGAAUUGUGUAUCUUUGGCCGGGCUGGGCUUAUCCAAGUCUUGUUGGGUUGCUUGCAAGAUUGGACAUACUUAGAUUGUGAUCUGUUCUCCAUUGCUAUAUUUCAUACACAAAGUGUCUCUGUUGCCUCCAUAUACUAAGCGCUGGACUAAAGUAGUUCGAUGAAGAUACAAUUGGUAAAUCAAUGCUGGCUCAUAGCUUGACUAAUGCAGGCCGGCUGGCCUAAUGGCAAGGCGCCAGAUUUCGGCACGAAAUCACGAUUAAUAUCUCUGGAGAUUAAGGGUUCGAGUCCCUUGUCGGUCAUUUUAU